ACACUCAGUGUUAUGUCAUUUAACUAUCAUGGCUGCACCCGUCGCGCUUAUUCAGGGGGCCGGCAGAGGACUGGGGCUUGAAUUCUGCAAACAUAUCUUAAAAAACAAAACAAAACCCGCUGCGGUUAUAGCGACAUGCAGAAACCCGGACGGAGCAGCCGAGCUGCGGGGUCUUGCCGUCCAACACCCGGGCAGAGUGACGGUCCUCCGGCUGGACGUGAACCGAGAGGAGGACAUCCGCGGGGCUGCGGAGCGGGUUAAGGAGAGCUUCGGUCGGCUGGACAUCAUCGUUAACUCCUCGGCGAUGCUUCACCCCUCAGGAAAAGGGGAGACCAGCUUGAGAGAUGUUUCUGCUCAGGGCAUCAUAUCUACCUUGACGACCAACACAGUAGGUCCUCUGGUCAUGGCCAAGUACUUUGCACCCCUCCUUCAGAAGGGUGGAGGUGGUUUCGGUCAACAGCCUGCAGAAAAAGCCAAACAGCACAGUGGCAUCAUCGUCAACAUCACCGCCAAAGUGGGAUCUAUCGGAGACAACGGUCUUGGUGGUUGGUACAGCUACAGAAUGUCUAAAGCAGCUCUCAACAUGGCAACCAGGAAUCUGUCUAUAGAGCUAGGACGCAGCCGGCCCAAGGUGGUGUGUGUUUCCUUACAUCCGGGAACAGUGAACACGGACCUCUCCAGACCAUAUCACAGGAACGUGCAAAAAGACAAGCUGUUUAGUACAGAACACUCUGUGGACUGUCUGAUGAGCAUCAUCGACACACUUAAUAUCGAAAAGACUGGCAAGGCGUACAGCUGGGACGGGACUGAACUUCCUUGGUAGAAUCAAUAAAUGGACAAAGAGAGAGAUGAAUUCACUCGCCUCUAUUGAAGUUGGUGGAGUCACAGUCCAAACAGUCAAAAAUAAACCUCUACUUUCUACUACCUCACACCCAGCCAAUGUGCUUAAAUCACCUCUAACACUUCUGCUAAUCAUAAUGCCAUCGCAUAAAGGCCUUAUGAGACCUUAAAGGUCCAGUGUGUACAAUCUAGGGGGUUAUAUUGUCAGAAUAUGGCAUAAAUCAAAUAUAUAAUACUCAUAAGUAUAUUUCCAUUGAUGUAUAAUGACCUGAAAAUAUGAAUAAAUGUGUUUUUGUUACUUUAGAAUAAGCCUUUAGUCUUCAGUGGCCUAGAACAACCAAUCACUUAACCACUGAAUUAUGUAUCACCGAAUCAAAUAAUCAAAAUGCAGCAAAAGAUUCUGAAAAAUAACACUAACUCCUUGUCCAAACAAACUUGUAUGGCCAUAGUUUUGAUGAUACAAAUGUGACACAACUUAUAUUUAACUUUUCAAACCUAUGAAAUACAUUUUUUCUUCUGGUUUCAGGAGCAAACCUCCUGCAUUGUAUAGAUGUGAGUGUGUGUGUGUGUGUUUGUUUGUGCAGGCCUUAUUUACAGAAGAGACUUAUUGAAGAGAAGAGACUUAAAGCAUAAUUGGCUGGUAAUGAAUGAGCUCAAUCCUGUUAAGGGAUUUUUGUACAACGCUGACCUGAUUCUUACCGAGUUUAGGUCACCGGGUUAACUUGUCAUUACAACCAUAUGGUGCAAAAAAGUUAAAUAAUGUUCUUAAUUUCAUUUGACUUUUACUCUAGAUUAGAACACAGCACACUUAUUAAUUUAUAGUUAGUUAAUUACUUGUAACCAGAAGAUGGCAGCAUUUCAAGACUUCAUCAGUGCUUCACAUUUAUGGCCUUCUCUCAAGUGAAUUAGUGACAUUAUGGACAUGACGGUGCCUGUUUAUCUAUGGUCAUAUGAUGGUCUAUAUUUCCAGGAAUUAAUUGUUUUCAAUGUAGUGAGUUAGUGAUACCAUAACAGACAAUAUUGCCAAUAUGUCUGCAUUGUGACUUUAUAUUUUAAGGCAAGGAUGUCAGAUUUAUCAUCAUGGUGCAAAUGUGCAUUACAGUUUGCACAUGUACACACGUCUUAAAAAGUUUUAUCGGGAAUAUCAGUUACAAACUAUAGCAUCUACAGCUUUAAAUACAUAUACAGCAUUUUAAAAACUCCUGUUUACAUCAGGAUUAUCAGGAUGACUGUUCUCCUUUAUCAAGCUGACAUUGUUGUUUUUUGACCUUUGUAUCUUGACAAAAGCGUGCUUGCAAUCAAAUGCUCUGCCUGAGAUCAGGUGACCCUUGAAUAAUAAUCUCAGGUCCCUUUUGAAAUAAAUCUUAAUCUUAAUGUAAAGGGGGGAGCUGUUCACACAUGUCCCAGAUUAAACCGAUUCAAAACAACAAAAGGCUUAUUAUC